AUGAACAAGAAUAACUAUAGUGAUGACGAAGAUGAUAGUCAUUCUGUAGGAGAAAAAGAUCAUCAUGAAGAAUCAAUGAGUGAUAAGGAGAAUAGAGACCAAGAUAUGGAGGAAGAGGAGAUUGGAGCAACAAAAAAGAGAAAGACUAAAAAGAGUGAUCACCAUGACAUGGAGGCCGAGGAAAGCGAUGCAGGUAGCUUUCGCGACAGCAGUGAAGAGGACGAAGAUGAAGAUCUCGAUCGAUACCAAUACGAUGAUUUCGUCGUAGACAAGGACGAAGAGUCAGAUGAAGAUGGAGAUCAUGGAGACCGUAAACAUGGUCGAAAGCACGAAGACCCAGAAGAGAGAAGACGCAGAAAAGAAGAAAGAAGAAAAAGAAGAGAAGAAAAGAAAGCUGCCAAGGAUGCUGGCAAAUUACAUAGAUUAAAGAAAAUGAAAGUUGGUGAUACUGGUAGAGAUUCUAUAGAUGAUUUACUUGAUGAAGAUGAUUCAGGAAAGAUUAGAGAUGAUAGAGGAUAUGAUGGUGAUAUUGGAGAAGAAUCAGAAGAUGAAAUGGACGAUUUUGUUGUAGAUUCACAUAACAAACCAAUCCACAGAAGUAACAGAUCAAGUAAAAAUAAUAGAAUAUAUGAAGGAAUCUUUGGAGACGAAGAUGUAUCUGGAGAUGUUCCACAAAAAGAUGCAUUGUCACUCAUCAAAGAACAAUACGAACCAAGUCUUUUAGAAGAAAAACAUUUUACAGAUGCCGAUGAAGAUAUUAGAAAGAAAAAUGUUCCUGAAAGAUUACAAACUCGAAAAGGUACAAAUUAUUCAGGAGAAAAACAAACAUAUGAAGAAGCAGAAUGGAUCUAUGAGAUGGCAUAUAGUUCAAAGGAUAGUAGAGACUUGAGACAGAUUGAAACCAUCUCGAGUAUACUUAAAUUUAUCCAACGUGAUCUUUUAGAGGUACCCUUUAUCUACACAUACAAAAAGGAUAUAUUCGAGACAUACUUUACACUACAGGAUCUUUGGAACAUCUAUGACCUCGAUGAAAAGUGGGCGCAUCUUGUCAACUCUAAGCGCAACUUGGAAGGUAUCAUCAACAACAAUCCACGACUCGAACACUACCUGUCCAGUGUCAGAGAGUGCAAGUCAGAGGAGGGUAUUGCCGAUUUCUACGAUCUCUUCCAAUGGGUCAAUGGAUUGGACCAAAACAACAUCAACCGAAACCUCUUGACCAACGGCGAGGACUUUAACCCACCCCCCACCCAACAGCCACGUUUCAAGCGUGCCAUCAAGAGAGAUCUGUACACCAUCUAUGCCAAGGCUGGACUCUGCGAGUUUCUCAAGUACUAUGGUAUGUCGGCACAAGAGUUUGGCAUCAAUUUGAUGGACAAUUUCAUGACCAAUAUGCCAACCGAUCACUCUGAGGAUCCGUCGACUGCUGCCACUCAGUUUAUCUGUCUCGAAGCAGACACGAUGGAAGAGGUGCUCAAAGCGACACGAUAUCUCAUGGCACACGACAUUGGAUUCGAUCCCAAUGUGCGUCAGUCGAUCCGUGUCAUUUACCGUCGUUAUGCAUACAUCACCACGACACCCACUCCACAUGGAUUCAAAGAGAUUGACGCAUUCCACCCAUACAUCACUGUCAAGAAUAUCCGUGAGAAACCAUUCCUCCAAUUUGACGACACACAGUAUUUGUUGAUUCUCAAGGCCGAGAAGGAAGGAUAUAUCAAGACGUCGAUUGGCAUCCCCUCGACUGUCCACAUCAACACCAUUCUACCUGAAAUGGAUUCGUUGUACUUGUCGGAUGGAACCAGCGCCAUCUCGCAGCAAUGGAACAAGGAGCGUCGCAGUAUCUUGGCUGACGCACUCACCAAGUUCCUCUACCCCCUGUUUGACAAGGAAAUCCGUAACAAGUUGCUCACCGAAGCAUCCAACCGUGUUGCCUUUGAGUGUGCCAAGUCACUCGAGGAAAAGUUGCGUGUCGCACCAUGGCAGCCACAAAACAACUCGUCGUCUGACGAUGACGACGAUGAGUAUGAGUCAGACGAUAACAACAACCGUAAGCGUACAUUCAAGAUCAUGUCGUUUUGUUGGGGAAGUGGAAAGAUCCCCACCAUGGCAGUCGUACUCGACUCUGAAGCCGAAGUGGUUGCACACGCCAAGUUUGACUUUUUGUGUGACCGUGUUGGCGAGACUAUGGUACAGGGCAAGAAGCAAGACGACGACGCCCGUCUCCACCAGAUGCUCAAGCAACACCAACCACGUCUCGUGUUGGUAUCGGGCACUGAAAUGGAGAGUCGUCAACUCCUCGAUGUUGUACGUGACCAUGUCAAUCGUCUAACCGACGACAAUGCACUCAAAAAGUCGGUCGACGUCUACUUUGCCAACCCCGAAAUCGGUCUGGCCCUCCAAAACAAUGCUAAACUCACCGAUGAAUUCAAAGAGUAUCCUGCUGUGCUCAAGCACGCCAUCGCCGUCGGUCGAUGUGCCUUGGAUCCAUUGACAGAGUACUCGAACCUCUGCGUUGGCUCCACCAACGAUAUUCUCUAUCUCAAGCUUAAUCCACUUCAAGAUAUGAUUGGAAAAGACUAUCUCUUGAAACUUCUUCACAGAUGCUUUAUCAAUGUCGUCAAUGCCGUCGGCGUCGACAUUAACAAGUUUAUUCGUCACAAAUUUGCAGCUGGACCUCUCCAGUUUGUUGCAGGUCUCGGCUCUAGAAAGGCCCAAGCCCUUUUAAACUCUGUCAUUCGUCGUGGCGGUUUCAUCUCUUCAAGAACAACUAUCGAAAAAUUAUUAAAUGGUCAAGAUGUUGUAUAUAAAAAUUGUAUAGGUUUUAUUCAAAUUAGAGAAAAAUAUUUCGAUGAUUAUAGAGAUUUUAAUCCACUUGAUGAUACUAGAAUUCAUCCAGAAGAUUAUACUUCGGCUUAUAAGAUUGCUGCUGAUGCUCUUGAUAAAUCAGUUGAUUUCCAUGAAGAUUCAUCUGUUAUUGAAUUUGUUAGUGAAAUUAUGACAAAACCAAACAAAUUGGAAUUAAUUGAUUUGGAUGCAUUUGCAGAUAUUUUAGAAAGUAGAAAUAAUACACAAAAGAAAAAGGUAUUAUAUAUGAUCAAGAAUGAAUUGACAUCACCGUUUGCAGAUAUUAGAAAUUAUUAUCAUCCACCAACAUAUGAUCAAAUAUUCACUUGGUUGACUGGUGAAACCGAUGAAACCUUUAAAUCGGGUACAUUGGUAUCAGUGUCUACCAUUCGUAACUCACCGGAAGGUGUUAGAUGUAGACUUGAAAAUGGUUUGGAAGCAGUCAUCCCAUCGGACUGUAUCAGUGACACUGGAGACACCAAAUCGUUCCCACGUGGCACCACGCUCUCGUGCAGAGUCAAAUCUGUCGACAAGGAGAGAUUCAAUGUAACAUUAUCCUGCAAGCCAUCAGACAUGGACAUUAGCAAGUGGGAGGACAUGAUCUACCACGACCUCAAGAUGAACGGUGACAACAAGUACCUCAAUCUCGAUCCAACCCCUCCAACGGCUCUCUUGACCAUGACAUCGUUGUCUGGCGGCAACAACGGCAACUCCAAGGCUCUCGUUGAAAGAAGACCAGUGCCAAAGAAGGAAGCCAGACAAAAACGUAAUGUCGUCCAUCCACUCUGGAAGUCGAUGAACUUUAUGGAAGCGGAAAAGUAUCUCAAGGACAAGCCUGUCGGAGAAGCUAUCCUCCGUCCAAGCAGUCGCGGUCACGACCACAUCACCGUCACGUUCAAGUUUUGGGAUGGCAUCAUUCUGCACCACGACAUCAAGGAGGCCGACAAGCCCAAUGCCGUCAGUCUUGGAAAGUCGUUCUAUAUGGGCGAGACCAAGUUUGACAGUUUGGACGAAAUCUUGGCGCGUCACGUCGAGUAUCUCAUCAACAACCUCAACGACGUCAAGACACACCGCUACUGGAAGAGCGGCUCCAAGGACGAGAUCGACGAGUUUAUGCGCAAGGAAAAGAGCAAGAAUCCCAAGCACAUCCCCUACCGCUUUGGUAUUGCCAUUGAACGUCCCGGCUACAUUGUGCUCUACCACGUACCAUCCAACAGUCCGCGUCACGAAUACAUCCUCGUCAAGCCCGAAGGAUUUGAAAUGCGUAAAAAGAUGUACGCCUCGCUCGACGAGUUGAUCAAGCACUUUAAAAACAACUAUGCUCAAUUGUUGCAACAACAAGCAGCUCAACAACAACACCAACAAAUGUCUUCUUUGCAACGUCCACCUGUCAACAAACCUUCUCCUACUUCAGUUGCCAACAACAAUAACAACUCUUUGUCUGCGUACAAACCACCCGCUCAAUCAAGUGGAUGGUCUCAACAACCUCAACAACCUCAACAAUCCUACAACAACAACAACAACAACAACAACAACUAUCCAUCCCAACAACCACCAAUAUCGUCGUACAACAGCAGACCACCACCAUCACAACAACCACAAAGUGGAUGGCCACAACCAACCAACAAUUACCCACCUCAACAAGUCUACUCGGACAGAAGAGACCCAUUCCCUGGAUCUCAACAACCACCACAAAUGCCCUACCAACAACAACAACAACAACAGCAACCAAGAUACGACAACAGAGACUUUAGAGGACAACCACCUCAAAUGGCUCCACAACAAGGAUACCCUUCACAGCAACCACAACAACAACAACAACAACCAUACAGACAACCACCUAUGCCUCAACAACAACAACCAGGUGGAUGGAAUCAACAACCCCCACAAGCUCCAUACAGUCAAUUCCAGCCACAACAACAACAACAACCACAAAUGCCAUACCAACAACAACAACAACAACAAACACCUUUUAACCAACAACAACAACAACAACAACCAUACAGACAACAACCACCUCAACAACAACCAUGGGAUGAUCAUCAAAGUCAAUGGGAUUAA